GAAAAUUUUACAAUGACACCAAAUAUGACCAUACGCUUGGGUUGACCGGCCAUCCGUUGACGAAGCCGGGCCGCAGCGCCUGUCGCAUACACGAUGGGACAAGGACGCAGCCGGCACGUAUAUGCUUUCCAGCCGCUCCCAUGGCCCGAAUCGCUGCACGCCUUUCGACUCAUCGACCAGAUAUGUGGCAUCGCAACUACUUAUGCCACAACACACCUGGAGGUGCACGCGGUGCGCGUGCUGGACAAGGUUGGAGAGCUGCAGCGCCUGCCGUUCCAGUGGGAGGUGUUUGAGCCCGACUUCGAGCGCCUGCGCGGCAGCCACCUCAUGAAGCUGGCCACGGAGCUGCACAGCGCACUGGACAAACUGGAGGGGUGCAAGUACGACAUUGGCGUGCUGGCGGAGAAGGGGCUCAUGUUCAAGUCAUUGCGCAAGGCCGCUGACAAGGUGCUCCUGAUCCUGGCGGAGGUGGAGCAGAUCCACCGCACCUUCCACUACACAUUUGAGCUGGCGCUGUACGAGAGCGUGCGGGACGACACGCCGUCGCCACCCGGCAGCCUCCGAGCCAACAGCCCGGCGCGCUCCACGCUGCGCACCCCAGUCAGCGGUGGCGGCGCGCGCAGCUUCGGCAGCAGCGGCGGCGGCGCACGCGGGAUGAGCAGCGGCGGCGGUGCCCGCGGAAUCGUCAGUGGCGGCCGCCGCCAGCCUGUGCUGUUGCCGCCUCCCCCCGAGCCCGAGGACAGCGAUUUAUAUUCGCAGACCACCACCACUUCGCCGCGACCACACCUGCAGCAGCAGCCGUCGGCGCAGCGGCAGUUGCCGCCCCGGACAUCUCCCAGUGUGCGGCAGCCGGCGGCUCCGGCGGCGGCGGCGCCGCCGGCGCAAACAGCUGCUUUUCAGCCGCAGGCAAUGGCCGCGAUGGCUCCGCCACCGGUGGUGGCGCAGCGGUCUGUUCGGAUCAUGAGCGAUGCUGCCACCUCGACGCCCACCCACAUGGCACAGCAGCAGCAGGCAGCGGCAGUAGCAGCGGGUGCCGGUGCUACAGCUUCCCCGGUCGUUGCACGGACGCGGGCGCAGGCGUACAAGACGCCGCAGCCGCAGCAGCAACAACAACAGCAGCAGCAGCAGUAUGUGGUGGUGUACCUGCCCCAGGGCCCCGGCAGCAGCGGCCCCCGUGCCAUCCUGGUGCCCUCCGAGGCGCUGCAGCCCGCGCCCAGCACCCCCGCGCCCAGCGGCGGCGGCGCGCCGCCCUCCCCCUCCUCCCUGCAUUACUCCCCCGCGCCCUCGCUACGCAGCGGAACCGUUGGUUCCACGGCCUACACAGGAGGAGGAGGCGGCUCGCCGUAUUCGCCGCAUUCGCCGUACGCGCCGCCGCCGCACAUGCCAACCGUGGCGUCGAUUGCUGGCCACGGCAGCCGCGGCGCCGCCGGGUACGGCUCGCCGUACCAGGCGCCGCAACAGCACACACACAAUGCGCCGGCGGCGGACAGUAGCUACAGCCCCCGCCAACCCCUGUACGGGUCGACUGGUAUGAACGGUACCAGCCCGUACACAACCGCAACCGCCCACCCGACGUCAGGACCGUACGGGCACACGUCCGUGCCACGGCCUGGCUCGCCCCCGGCCUACAAGUACUUCUCCCCGCCCUCCUCGCCGCCCUCCCCUGGGCUGUCGUACGUCACCUCACCGCCGCCGUACUCCACAGCAGCGCCGCAGCAGCAGUACAAUCCGUACGCAUCGCCGUACUCGCCCGCCACGUCGUCCCUGUACGGCAGUCCGGCACCGCCGCCACCACAUCAGCCUCCGGCUGUAGCAACGACCGGCCCGUGGCUGGGCGCGGGGGCUACUGCUGCUACCGCCGUGCCGGCAGUGGUGCCGGGUGCUGCGCCGGGCAGUGUCAUGGUGUUACAGCCUGUGUCGGCCACCAUGACCUCAUCCGGUGCGGUGGUGCUACAGCCGGCCAUGGCGGCACCCGGCGGCAUGGCGGCGCCGCCAAUGCUGGUGGUGGCGCAGGACCCCGACUCAAUGCCGGGCGGCGGCGGCGGCAGCGGCGCGUCCCCCGGCCGCCAGCGCUCCGUGCGCUUCUCCCGUACGUACGACGAUGAGGAGGAGCAGCCAGAGGGAUACGACAGGCGGUACGACCAGGAUAUGGAUGAGGCGGCCCGCGUCAAUGGCGGCGGCAAUGGCAGUGGCAAUGGCAGUGGCAAUGGCAGUGGCGGGCGCCGCCAUCACUCGACGUACACGUACGUGGCCGGCCGUAACGCCGCGCCGUACCAGGCGCCAACCGCGGUACCCUCGUACCUCACGCCGUACCUCGGCGAGAUGUCCCCUCGCAUUGAUGAGGGCACGGGCAUGGGCGUUGGACCAGACGAUUGGGAGGGCGCGGAGGAGCGGGCGGCGGCGCAGGGCGCACGUGCGCGCCUGCGCAGCGGCGGCGGCGCCGCAUCGCUCAUGUCCAAGUAUCGGGACCUUUGGAGCACGCCCGCCGGGGCAGUAGCCGCGGCGCCACACGUACCGGUAGCAGGCGGCGGCCAGCCCGCGUACCUGGUCGAAGCAUACGCCGGCGGCGGCACCACAGCCAUGGCGGCGGCGGCGGCGCGGCCGCAGUCGCGUAGUGCCUCGCCGCGGCGCGAGUCGGAAGUGAUGCUUGGCGGCGGCGGCGGCGGCGGGCUGGACGGCACGGCAGCCGGAUUUGCGGCGCCGCCGGCACCUGCCGUACACAACAUCUCGUACGAGCGGUUGGCGGCGCUGGCGGGUUUGGAUCCAGAGGUGCUGGGUGCCGGCGCGGCGGCGGGCCUGACGGAGCGGCGGCGCAGCGGGGCUGCUACUGCCGCUACUGCCGUGAAGCCGUACGUGGUGCCUGGGGAGGAGGCGCUCCGGAAGAUGGAGAGUUUGCUGGAGGCAGCGGAGGACGGCGACUGGGGCGCGGUGGCCGACAUGGCCGCCCUCAUCCGGGCCGGCUGGUGGGGCGACGCCCGCGAUGCCGCGGUGGCGCGUGGGCUGCUGCUGCAGGCGGCGCUGCGGGGCGGCUCCGUGGCGGCGCACGCGGCCCUGGGUGGCAUGGCGGAGCGCGGCGAGGGCCUGCCCGGCGGCCUGCCCGACCAGGCGGCGGCGGCGCGGCACUACGCGGCGGCGGCGGCGGGCGGACACCGGGACGCCGCCACCGCAUACGCCUACCUGCUGGAGCACGGGCUGGGUGUGGCGCAGGACGAGCCGCGCGCCGCCCAGAUGUACGCCGCAGCCGCGCAGCGCGGCUGCCCCACCGCCGCCAACAACCUAGCCAAAAUGAUUCUGGACGGCCGCGGCGGCAUCAUGCAGGUGCCUGCAGCCGCCGCCACCGGCGGCCGGUCUCGGCGGCGCAUGGGUGCGGAUGGCGUGGCGGCGCCGGCGCCGGCGGCCCCGACGCCCGUUUCCAUGGCGAUGGCUUUGUUCAGGCGCGCCGCGGAAGCAGGCUCGGCGUCGGCGUGGUAUAACUUGGGCGUGUGCCAUCUUCAGCAGAUCAAGCAGCAGCAGGCUUCGCUGAAGAAGCUGGGACUGGCCGGGGGCGGAGGGGGAGGCGAGGCGACGCCGGUGUUGCUGGGAGCAAAGGACGAGGCCGGGAUGGCGGAGGCGAUUCGCUGCCUGGCUGAGGCGGCGAGCCGCGGCCAUGCCCGUGCGGCGCUGCGCGCCGGACACCUGCACCUGCUCCGCAGCGCCGCCGCCGCGGCCGUGGACGCCUUCGCAACCGCGGCGCUCAACGCCGCCGCCGCCAUGGCCGGCGCAGCUGGCGGCGGCGGCAGCCACGGCGGCGCCGCCGGCGAGGAAGCCGCCAGCCCGGCCGCUGCUGACGCGGCGGAGGUGGAGGCGGAGGCUCUGUGGUGCCUGGCACAACUGGCGGAGCGGCAGAGCGCGGUGCUCGAGGGCCGCGCGGCCGCGGCACUGGCGGCGGCGGCGGCGGGAUCGGCCGCUGGCAGUGAGGGCACUGGCGGUGGCCGGCCCAGCGGCGACGGCGGCGCGGCGGCGAGUCGGAUGAAUAGCGUCCGCAGCCGGGGGCUGGCGGCCAGCGCCAGUGGCAAUAGCCGCGCCAGCGGCGGCGCCCGCGCCUCUGGGGCCUCCGGUGAUGGCGACUUCGCCGGCGGCGGCUUCGACGCGGGCGUCGGUGCGAUGGGAGAUGACGACGUCGCAGUGGGCCAGCUGCUGGCGACGCUGGCGGGAACAAGCGCCGGCGGCGACGCCGCGGCUGCCGCCGCCGCAGCGGCGGCAAUCGCCGGCGGCGACGGCAUCAGCGAGGAUAUGGCGGCGGCAGCGGCGGCGGACCCAGCGGCGGCGGCAGCACUCCGCUUCGCAAAGGAGCUGUGCCGCCUGGACUUUGACUGCUGCCGCCAGCCCGGCGCCGUCCGGAGGGGCGGCGCGCUGACGACCGCGGCCGUGACGGCGGCAGGGCUCGACCCGUCCGGGGUUCCGCCAGCACAGCGCGUGCGCGGGCUGCGGCGGCUGCGACGUCAGGCACGCGAGGUGAUUGCCGAGUCGGCGGCGCCCGGCGUCAAGGCUGCCGCUGACAGCGGCGGCGACGGCGAGAGCCGGUCUUCGGUUGAUGGCGGCGGCGGCAGCGGCGGCUUCGCCGCCGGGCUGCCCUCGGCAGGGCCGGUCUCGUCGGCGCUAGCGCGCUUGGACCUGCAGCUGCAGCAGCCGGGAGAGCGCGCGACGCGGUCGCGGUGCGCGGCGGCGGAGCUGAUGGCGGCAGCGGCGGCGCGCGGCCAUGCAGGUGCGCAGCACUGGCUGGCGGGCUGGCAGUGGAGCAUGGGGCACACCGGCGGCGCGGCGGCGCUGUGGCAGGCGGCGGCGGCGCGGGGGCACGGCCCCUCGCUGAUGGUGCUGGGGCAGAUGGCGGAGGCAGGUCACGUGAUGGUGGCGGCGGCGGGGGCGUCGGCCGGCGGCGCCGCCGGCCAGCUGCAGACUGCGGGCCGUGGCGCGGACCUGGCGGCGGCGGCGCGUUACUAUCUGCGCGCGCAGGAGGCGGGUGCGCCGGGAGCCCUGGAGGCCAUGCGACGGGUGCAGCGCGUGCUGCAGCGGCACGUGACCCUGCAGGGACGGCUGGAGGCCGUGGCGGUGAUGGGCGGACCUGCAACAGCUAGCGGGCGAGCGGCUGAAAAGGCUGGCAGCAGGGGCGUGAAGGGCGGUGGCGGGGCAGCUGGUGGUAGCCGACGGUUCUAGUGACUUAGAAUGGUGUCCUGCAGGCAUGGGUGGCCGGGCUGUGUGGCGGACUGCUAUGCUGAUGCUGGGUCUGGCACGGGAUGGUGCUUGCGUGUCAGAGUCAACGAGGGGACUCGGUGCAGUGUGUAGAGUGUAGACCGGCUGGCGUGAGGCGGCGUCUUGGUGUUCCCUGUGAUCCGGAUUGCUGCUUGUCGUAUCGGCGUGGGCUGACGGCGGUACCGAUGCAUGCAUGGCUGCUACAACGCAAGAGUCGCGGCGGUCAACACAACGUGCGCACACGUAUGGCGCCAUGCGUCAGACUGGCCAUCGCGGAAAUGACGUCCUGCGAGGUCGUUGGAACAAGAAACUGCCUCCCCAUGUGCAGAUACGGCAUACUAUCGAAAGCCGCACACCACACAGCAUGUCCGUAGGCACUGGAACACACACAACUGCAAAUGCCCAAUGCAUGCUAUAGCCUAAGAAGCCGUUCCUUUGCGCACGUACGUUACCAAACACGAUGUAGUCAGCAUGGAUCACGGAUGAGUGCAGAGCGUGCGCAUAUGUUCUUUAUCGUCUGCGCGCAAGGGUGUCGCUGCUGUUACAUCGAGUUGCUUGCUUGUGUACAAGCAAGGACAAGCAGUAAGGUGCCAAGACUUGUUCUGCGCUUUUGGCGUCCCUUACAGCAUGGGAGUGGUGAUGACCUAUGGGGAGAUGCCCACUCAACGCGCAACGGGGAUGUAGGGCGGCGGCCUAGCUCCGAGCCUCCGACACCCAUCAGUCAACGCACCGCACUACUGAGGGCAUGCAGGCACACACACCGCACACGUGCACCGCGACAGUUGUCACGGGAACUAAUUGCAACUUCCCAAGUGUUCUUCCUUGAUGUGUGUCUUGGCCAGGGGUGCCUCGGCACGCGAUCCGGUGACUCAUCGGUGACGCAGGGCAGAGGGCGGAAUGGGCGGGCCGCGCGUCCUGCGUUGUGAGUGUCUCAGUGACUAUGUUGCGGAGCGGUGCGAGCCGUGCAAGGGCCAUGGGGCAUCUGUGCAGCAACGCACCGACCCGCCAGGCCACGCCACGCUAGGUGGCCUGCAAGUCUCGCGUUCGGGCCGACGGAAGUGCACGGAAGCCAUACCAGCGGCCAAGGUGCGGAGGUAUGCAUGCUGCGUGUGGGGGCCCUUGACGGUGGGCGGCUACUGCGGUGCGGUAUGGGCCGCUUCCGUGCCCUGGAGCCUGUGCGCUGUGCCUGCCCGGCUCUGAGUAGUGAGCCAGGCUAGAUGACAUGCUGUAACUGCGCUCGGGC